AUUUAUAAGCAGAACUUUUAUGUUCUGUUUAAUAAAGUAUGUAAAGAUAUAGUCUGGGUUGGUUUUAAGUGGACUAAAUGAUUGGAAAAGUCCAGCAUAUGUCACCAAAGGGAAGUCUGUAAUUUUCACAGACAAAAAUUAUGCGUAUAUACAUGGAAAUAUCAUUCACAAUAAUAUCAAUAACAUGCAUUUACAGGAUAUUGGUGCAGCUUCAUUUCAUGCCGACAUCUCUACUCAGCUGUUUUCAGUAGAGCCAUUCACAGAGACUGCCACACUUUUUGAUUGAUCGGUUUACAUGUCAUUCAUCAGACUGAAACAGACAUGGCUGAACAGUCUGAACAGGCUGUUCUAGUCCAGAAUAGGCUGUGAUGUGGACCAGAUCUUUUGCCAGUUAGUCAAAGGUGCUUCUACAUGAGAUUUGUUUAAUGCAUGGUUCUUUCCUAAUGUAAUGUGCUGUAGUUUUGUUUCUUGCUGAUUUUACUUGUAUUCUGAUUAGUUUAACUGGCAAAAACAGCACACAUACACAAAUCGCCAAGAGCAUUUUACUGGUUAAGGAAGAGUGUGGGCCUGACCCAUGCACUAAAUCAACAUGACUAAGUUUGACACUAAGAAAGAUGAGGGAGUCCAGAAGAGAGAUGAGGAAGCUGAUAUACAGUAAAACAGAAUACACUUCAGGCUGCAUGAGGAUAUUACAGAGAAACACGAUGGCUUACAGGAGUGUGCCUAAGACAAAUAUGGAAGGACAUAUAAUUUAAAACCAUACAGGAAGCUGAGGAACAUUGUUUUUCAUUUAGAUUAAAGAAGCCACUGCGUCAUGUUUGAUUAAAAUAAGCAUAAAUGAUUACAAAUUGCCGGAGAAGUCAUGCAUUGUUCUUAAAUUCUGAAUAUGAUUUUAACAUUAAAAGGCAACAUCCACAAUGGUGAUGAGUUCAUUUACUUUUGUUCUCGGUGGCAGCAAAUGAAAGCGGUGUGAUAAUGCUGAUAUUAAAAUAUGUAUAUGAAGUCAGACUUCACAUUUAGCUCAGUGAAGUACCAGGGGGACCAAAAAAAAAAAAAAAGCGGAAAGCCUAUAAACAAAGAGAAAAUAAUAUGCUGAGUUUGGAUUUAGCAUGUUAAAUCAAAGACAAUUACAACUGUGCUGCUCUGUCCCAUGUUAAUGAGUGAAUGAAGGGAUGAAUAAAUCAUGGCUCAGAAAACGCAUUUGUGGCUCCUGCUUUUCAGAGCCUUGUGUAUAUCUGUGUGUGUGUGUGUGUGUGUGUUGAUGGACCAGCGGAGCAUCGCGAAGAACAUCAAAGCAGCUAGACAAAGGGAUUCACUAUUAUAUGUUCUCCCCUUCUUAGGGCUGUGUGUAACGUUAUAAUGACAGUGUCUGAAAGAGAGAGCAAGCGAGAGUGUGAGAGAGAGAAGGGAGGGAAGGAGGCAGUCGGUACAAGGCACAGUGAGCGAGAGCCACAGUACACAGAGCAGUGUAUAAGAUGAUGACGAGAGACACACAGUGAAGGUGAACGGAAGAAUAAAACGAGGGAUUGUGAACAAACAGAAAAAAAAAACAGCACAUGUCGAGGGAACUGGAGUCACACAGAGGCAGCUGAGUCCGGCUCACAAUGAAAAGGAUCCACUGCGGAUUGCAGGCAGGAGCUGUGUGAAUGGAAGAGACUGUAGAUCUGUAGAUAGCGGAGACAGAAGUGCAGGGAAUGGUUGGGCUGCAUGGGCUCUGUUGUUGGCAUCGCUGCUGCUGUCCUACUCUGCUGCUGCUACCCUUUCCCCUGCGCUCUGAACCUGUUCAACGCGUACAGAUAUGAGCUCCAAACACUCAUCUGACUGGAUCCCUUACAGCACCUUGGAUGAUGAGGGCACGAACCUACGACAACAGAAGCUGGACAGACAGCGAGCUUUAUUGGAACAGAAGCAGAAAAAGAAACGUCAGGAGCCCCUGAUGGUGCAGUCUAAUCUGGACGGGCGCUCUCGAGUGCGCAGGACCCGGCAGUCUGAAGAACAGGCUCCCCUUGUGGAGAGCUACCACAGCGGCAACAGCAGCACCAUCUAUCACGUACAAGAAGCGGAACAGGAAGAAGUUAAAGCUGUAGCAGAGAUUCAGGCCCCUCGCUCGGCUAAAAAAACCAAGCCUCCUACCUCCACUCCUCAGACUGGCAGCGCCAAGAAGGAGAAAAAAGGCAAGCACAAAGGAAUUGAUGGGCCCGCUGCCUUCCAGGAUGAGGGUCAGGAGCUGGGCAACCAGAUCCAGAUCCUGACAGUGGGCCACUCACCUGCCCUGGAGAGCGAGGCAGAGGGCCAGGGUGAGGCAGUGGGCAACACACAGUCACAGGGCAAACAGGACCUACGGGUCACCAUGCUGAAGAAAGGAAUCUCCAGUAGCAUGAACUUUGAUGAAGAAGAGGAUGAAGAUGAUUUGGUCAGCUCAAGUUCAUCUCAGCUCAACAGCAACACAAGACCUGGAUCUGCCACCAGCAAAAAGUCUAGCAAGGAGGCGACCUCAGCUUCCAGCCCACUGGCCAAUGAACCAUCCAUCGACGUAGAUGACCUGGAGGAGUUCACUCUCAGACCCGCACCCCAAGGAGUGACCGUGAAAUGCAGGAUCACACGGGAUAAGAAGGGCAUGGACAGGGGCAUGUACCCCACCUACUACCUCCAUCUGGAGAGAGAGGAUGGCAAGAAGGUUUUCCUUUUAGCCGGGAGGAAGAGAAAGAAGAGCAAAACAUCCAAUUACCUCAUCUCCAUCGACCCCACUGACCUAUCACGAGGCGGCGAGAGCUUUAUUGGCAAACUGAGAUCAAACCUUAUGGGUACCAAGUUUACGGUAUAUGACAGCGGUGUGAACCCAGUCAAGACCACCUCCAGCCUAGAAACAGGGAAUCUACGACAGGAGCUUGCUGCAAUCUGCUACGAAACUAAUGUUUUAGGGUUCAAGGGACCUCGGAAGAUGAGCGUCAUUAUUCCUGGAAUGAACAUGGACCAUGAAAGAGUCUCCAUCAGGCCUCGAAAUGACCAUGAGUCUCUACUGGCUCGAUGGCAGAACAAAAGCACUGAGAGUGUGAUAGAGCUUCACAACAAGACGCCUGUGUGGAACGAUGAUACGCAAUCAUAUGUGCUCAACUUUCAUGGCAGGGUCACACAAGCAUCUGUCAAAAAUUUUCAGAUCAUUCAUGACAACGACCCGGAUUACAUUGUGAUGCAGUUUGGUCGUGUAGCAGAGGAUGUCUUUACAAUGGACUACAACUACCCCAUGUGUGCCCUGCAGGCAUUUGCUAUUGCUCUGUCCAGUUUUGACAGCAAGCUAGCCUGUGAGUAGCCAUCUCUCACUGCCAGCCACAAGCACGAAAGGACCCAGCCAGACUGCGUUACAGUCCCAAUCACUGAGUAAAGGGCUGCGGUGAACUCCAAAGCAGCAGGGUCCCUCUCUCAAGAUCCUCCUUUGGAGGCAUGAAUGCGUAUCGAGUUUGUUUCUUUGUGUGAAUGUGCGUGAGCAAGGUGGCAUUUCCACUUUUUCAAAAAGUUGGAGGAAAGCACAAAGACUUCAAAGCUCAAAUGUGGGAGAUUAUCAAAAGAGGAUGCAUUUGUUUGAAUUGAGUCAAAAAUCACUUACUCACUUUCUUAACUUAAACGUCAAGCUAAAACUAACCUUUUGCUAAUGUUAAAAUAAGGGUCUUUUACAGUAGUACUUGUGUCCCUAAGGUUAAAAACAAAAAUAAUUUUGCCAUGGUCAGAAUUCUAUACUAACCAAUCAGUUAUGAUUUUUAACAAGAAAUAUAACAUGUAGCUGUGAUGUAACAGUUUGGAUAUUUGAUUUAAUGAACUUUUGUAAAAUGACUUUCAUAUAUGUGACAUUUCUUGAGUUAUACAUGUCACCUGUGUCAAAACAUGUCUUUUAAAUAUGUAAUGUAUCAGUUCAUGCUUCACAAGGACUCCAAAGCCAGUAUGAAGUAUGACAGUCUGACAUAUUUAUCCACUAUUUAUGUAUUUAUAGAUUUCCAUACCAUCUGCUGCUUGUGUCUUACCCCAUGCCCAUAAUUCACUGUGCUUCAAGCACAAAGCUUGACCAAGGUGCCUUCACAUUUGAGCUUUUGGUGUGGAUUUCUUAAAAAUCAACUGAUGAAUAUGUGACAAUUCCACAAAAUAGAUGUAAUCAUUAUCACUUUGUGUCCAUCUGCACAGUUCUGCAAACGGUUUUCCUACAGUUUUCAAGGGAACAUGAGAUCCAAAAAUGACUUUUAUAUCAUUAGAACAAACCAAAAUAAAUGGUUCACCAUAUCUAGGUCCACACCAGUAGCUCUAGUGUGAAAGCCCCUGAAGUCCAACAUGGUGGAAGAAGUGUGUAGUAAGUAAUUUUAUGUGAUGGUCAGUAUCAGGGUAAGUACAUUAUCAUCUCAUAUUGACCCACUACAUUUGUAGGGGAAUGUACUGAGCACUUUAUUCAGAGAUUAAUGGUGGAAAGCUGUAAAUAUUGUGCCUUUGGAUGAAUCACUUGUGAAGUUGGUGAGAUGCUACAUUGUUUUCUUAAGCCAGUGUUGUUUAUCAUGCAGUUCAUUUUAAUCUUCUGUCUUUGUUCUUGAGAACAAUGUGCAUAUUUCCAGUAUACUGGGCUAUACCUUUCCAGAAAGAUCAGGUUUAUUUGCCUGCUUGUGGAAUAGUUGAUUUUUCGGUCUACUUAUUUGAGACAAUGAGGCAAGUAAGUACGUUUACAUGCACUUUUAAAAGUUUGAUCUCUGCCUACAUUAGUAAUUUGUCAUAGAAACAUUUUAGUCCAACUGAAAUUGCACCGGACUGAUUUUUGGGGUUGGACAACCAGAACUUGAUAAUGUGAUUGUAGCUUGAUUAUAACUGAGCAUGUAAACAUACUGUACUUAGCAACACAGUUUGUUCAAGUCAUCUAUUUAAUUUCCAGCUGCAUGAGGAUAAUUGUGAAUAUAUGGAUUGAACAAAGUGUCAGCGUGGAAUUUAGACAAAACUCAAAUCAUCAUCUUUAAUUGUAUUGUACACUUCUGUGUCUUUGCUGAACAAUGCUGAUGAAUGAAGAAAGGAAAUAAGUGAAGUUUUAUUAUCAGUGUGGCAAUUGAACUAAAAAACAUAACAAAACAUAAAACCUGCUGCACCGACUGCCCUUAAAGCCAAACUAUUCUUGAAAGUGUUGAAAUCUUUAUAUGGCCACACUGAUUUACUAGACAUGCUCUAUUAUGCAUUAGCAUGACUCAAGGUUUAUUUUUUGUCAUACUGUUUUUCAUUUCAGUCAAACGUCACAAAAAAGUCUUGGAACCAUGGAACAUUAGUGUUGAAUGUGUUUUUAAGAAAUCAAUCUAUCAUCAUUUUGUUCCCUGCUGAGAGCCCCUUUGGUUUAAUUUAGAAAAAAAUCAAGUUUGUUGUUCAUCACGCAGAACAUUCUUAAUUGCACAGAACUGUGCAUUUUAAGUUAAAACAACAACAACAACAACAACUAAUAUUUAGAAUGUUAUUCUAAGAUAAAGAGAAGUUUGCUGCAAGUGGCAUACCUUUUUUGUUACUAUUCUUUUUGUCAUAGAAAUGUUGUGGCUUCAGACAUCACAUUUUGAAAUAUAUCUUUCCCCUGGAAAAGUGUUUUUAAUAUUACAUUUUUAUGGAAAAAUUAUAAAAUAUAUAUAAAAUUCUUUGGCCAAAUUGCAAAGAAGUCUGUGUAAAUUAUUAACGUUUGUUUUUUAACUGCCUCGUGAAACCAUUGCAGAACUUUCUAUACUUAUGUACUUAUGUUCUCUAUGUAAUGCUCUAACAGUUUUUGGGUUUGCUCUAAAUGGUUAAAAACACAGAAAAUGUAUGUUUUUUUUCUGCUAUUUUUCAUUGUUUGUUGAAAAAAAAAAAAUCUCACCACUCUUGUGUUAAAGUGAUAAAUGUUAUGUCACACUGUUUUGUAAAAUGUGUACAGUGGUCAGUAUACAGUGUUUGUAUACAGUACUCAAGAUAUGAAAAAAAUAAAACUGAAUGUGAAUUUU